AUGGAGCAGCACGCUAAACCGCCGUCUCCGGGACUGGAUGAGCUGCUGCGCGACGAGGACUACGCCGAGUUGGUACUGGAGCCCGCGGCGGUUGACCGGCUCAUGGGUGGACAAUGUCUCGUGGAGCAACUUUCGCACCAUGACGAUACACACCGCAAGCGCCGUCGUGCGCCCACCGCCGAUGCAGACAUGGAGCUACAGGACCCCGACAACGACGAACAGCCUGAACAGGAGCCUCUGUGCUGCCUCAGCGACAAGCUACCGCACACGUCCUCGGCCUCGGCCAUGUGCGUGUGUCGCUGCGGAAUGAGUCGCGGCUCCUUGCUGGAAAGCGAGGCAUUUGAUCCUCACAGUGCGUCUCGAGAGUAUCUGGACUUACACAUCCGCUACGCAGUGGUAGUGCGUGUGGUAAGAGUGGAAACCGUGGAAAGUCAUACUGUAUUCGUGCUGAAAGUGUCCGACGCGGAGACGCAGAAGCGCUGGGAGGUCAAGAAGACGCUCAAGGAGAUGAUGCUGUUCUACUCGCAGAUUCAGCAGAUCAGCCUCGUGGAUGCGCCUGUUAAGAGACCACUUUGGGGCACAUUCCGAGGUCUGAGGAGAUUUCGGUUACCCAAGAAGUUUUUCCACUUUCGAGGCUCAUUAAACACUCAGAGACGCGUAGUUUUUGACUCGUUCUUGAGACAGACGGCGGCUCUUGUGGCCCCCGCUCCACUGGGACCUCGUCGCAGGAAGGCCGUGCGGUUGCUGCAAGAGUUCGUAGGUGUACACCGCCAUUGCGACGUGUUUGAUCGCGGUGAUUGCUCUUGCUUUUUUCUCAAGAACCAGGUGAGCGCGUCCCAGCUGGUGACCGAAAUCUUCGCGGCCUCUAGCCAUAAGGUUUCGCUUGCCUGUGAGUCGUUUGUGGUGAUAUUAACCAGCAUGACUCGCGACAAUAAACACGCGAUCAUGCCGGAACGCAAGGCGCGAAUGCUGUUGAACACGGUGUCGCGGAAGAUGGGGGAGAUCAAGGACAAGAUGCUCAAGGACGAAGUGCUGCUGAGUCAGCUUGUCAUUGCGCGUUCGGAGCGCUCGGAGCCGGACUUUGACGAGUUUGUGGACGAGGUGAAGCAUGCCGUGUGUGGAUUUGUACAGAAGCGUGUGUUGGUGCCGCUGGAAGAUCAUGUUCGUGAGGCUUUGAACACGCUGUCGGACUGGGAAGACGAGAACGUGCUGAAGGACAAGAUCAAGGUGCUUCAGACCAAGCCGCAGUCGUUUUUCGGAGUGCCACCGCAUGUCGUGGCUGGCUCGGGUAGUGACUGGGAAGACGCACGUCGAGAGCUGCGUCGAGUGAACGAGUACGCGUUGCCUCUAGACAAGCUCAAGUGUUUGGCGCGUGCUGCGGGGGCUAUUUUCCAGACGUGUGGAUCGUCGCGUUCGUCAUCAUCUGCAGACACAACGACCAGCCUCACGUCGAUUGAGGAGCUCGACUUGGUCUUACGACCGUCCAUGACCACAGACGAGUUCAUCUCGGUGCACUUAUUCGUGCUGGUCAUGAGCAAUAUGUCGCAGCUCCUGAUCACGCGUGAGUUUCUGCGGAUAAUGUGCGACCCCCAAGACAUCACUGGUGAGCUGGGCUACUACCUCACGACGUUCGAAGUGGCUGUGGAUCUGCUCAUCAGCCACUCGGAUCCUCAGCAGCCGAUGUUGCCCAGUGCGUGA